AUUCCACUCUCUCUGAAUCUUCUUUCUCUUUUAUCUUCAUAUAAAAAGAUAUUAUUUAGCAUGAGUUCCCAAAGAAGGGGUGUCAAUUGGAGUGUUAGCGAGGACAUUGCUUUGUGUAAAGCUUGGGUUAAAAUAUCCGAAGCCGGUGCUAUCGCAUUCAGUCAAGGAGACAAUUGUUUUUGGGGUCGGGUUCACGAUACAUUUUCUCAAAACUCCCAAACUGUUCUUCGAACUCGCGACGCGGUCGAAUCACGCUUCAAAACUAUCAACCGUCAAUGUUGUCUUUGGAAGGAGUACAUGAGGAAGGCAACCACAACUUCACCUCCAGGAUUUAAAAUGAUGGAUGUGGAAUAUCAAGCCAAAGUGUUAUUUAGACAUGAUAAUAAUGACAAACCAUUCAAAUUCGAUCACGCUUGGCAUGUGCUACAUACAUGCCAGAAGUGGUACCAUCAAAAUGAACCACUCCCCGCUCUCACGGUGACUCCGCCUUCACACAACUCUAUCACUUUGGACGUAGAUAGUAGUAGUAAUUCGCCAUCGAAUGACACUAGUGGAUCAAUUCAACAUCCCGGAAGUCGUGACAAACAAAGGGUGGAUAGAAAAGGGAAAGAAAAAAUGCCGAGGAUGGAUCUGGUGAUAAAAGAGCAUUUUGAUCAAAUGAUCAAACAAGGUGAAGAAUCAGGAAAAAAGAGAUAUGAAAGAUAUGAUGAUCUUCACAGAAGAGCUAUGGAGUCCGAGAUUAGAAAGAACAAUGUUGACAUUGUCACUAUGGACCUCUCUAAGUAUUCACCGAGGAAGAAGAAAUGGCUUGAGGAACAACAAAAUGCAAUCAUGAAUGAUACUCAAGAUCAAUAAAGUGUCAUGCAUGCAUUCCAGACUUAAGCAGGGUACUAUCCCCACUAUGCUAAGUAAUAAUUGUUGUAUUUUUAUUUGUGUAAUGCAAUUGAAUUGUCUUUGGCUGUGACUAUUAUCCCCAUUCCCCACUAUCCUUAUAGCCAUGUAUUUUGUUUUUAGUUCAAAUUGUAGUGUAAUUUCAAGGAAUGUAUAUUGUUUUUAGUUCAAAUUGUAGUGUAAUUUCAAGGAAUCGUAGAAUUGGCAACAUGAUAAACAUGUUUUUAAUUGAGGGUGAUGCAUACCCACCUUGGGUUAUUAAUCGUAGAAUUGUUUUUAAUUUG